AUGAAGACCCAGCUCCGGCUCCGCCUGGCGAAGAUCCUUGUCAUCAAUAUUGGCGCCGUCGGUACGGAAGUGGUGAAGAACUUGGUCCUCGGCGGGGUCAAUCUGAUCGAGCUUUUGGACCUGUCAGUUAUUAAAGAUGCUGACUUCGGCUGCCAGUUCUUUUUGCCCAAUGACCUGCUGGUUGAAGGCCAAUUGAAGCUCCCUGUGAUUCUUCCUCAGAUCAAAGAGUUGAACAAUCGCGUCAACGUCACCAUCAACACUUCCACAUUGACAUCGAUUGAGCCUGAAUACUACGGGCAGUUUGACUUAGUGAUCGCCACCGAGCUUACUUACGCCGAAAUCGUCGCCGUUAAUAACCUCACCCGCACCCACGGGAUCCCGCUAUACGUUUCCGGGAUGCACGGAAUGUUCGGCUAUAUCUUCACCGACCUCAUCAAGCAAACAUCAGAAGCCACCCGGGUGUUGGGCAACGUGCCUCGACUGCCAGGCACCGCGCUCAACCCGAAGAAGACCAUCACCGAAGUCGACGUCGAUAAGGCGGCCAACAAAGAGCACUUGACCAUCGUUGACGAGUACUCGCCGCUUGUGGUGGCGUUCAACCUGAAGGAAUUGCCCAAUCAGUUGCGUAAACGGCAACUUAAACAGCUCGGAGGAGCGGUGCCGAUGAUAUUUGCUCUCUUGCAUUACGACCGUCCCACCGACCCGGACGCCAUGCCUGACAAAGCUCAGCUUGCUGCCGACGCCACCGAGAAGUGCCGUAACUUGGGGCUCCCCGAGCUGUUGGUCGAUGCUACCUACACGUCGAUGUUUUCUCGCCAAGCGUUCACCGAGUUUGCCCCUGUUGCCGCCAUCAUCGGCGGGGCGUUGGCCCAGGACGUCAUCCAGUUCUUUGGCCAGAAGGAGUUACGAAUCAACAACGCGUUGAUUUUCGACGGACAUAAGCAGUCUAUGCCUAUUUUCACGUUGUAUUAG